UGUGUUCUCUUUUUUAUGUUAUGUGCUAAACAAUAUUUUUCUCAGAUCUCUCGAUCUCUCCCUCUAUUUCUUUCUUAAUUUCGCUUCGAUACGGCUAGUCUUUUAUUUCUUUCUUCUCCAAGAUUUUUUACAUUUCGUGAAUUUUGAUUAAUGCACGAAAAAGUAACGAAAGCUUUUUUUCUUUAUGUUUGAUUUAGGUUUUUUAUUUUUGUCCAGGAUUUUCUGCUUCUGGGCUGUGAUUUUGCUCAUAUGAUUGUAAGGUUGAGUAUGUGCUAAAUUUUCUUUCUCGUACUUCAAAGCAGUGACGGUUUGUAGCUAUAAUUUAUUGGAAUUUGGAACACCAUGGGUCAAAGAAAUAUGCUAUGCCCUAGCCAGAUGAUAGAUUUAGAAAUGGAUCAGCAAGACCAGGGAUAUCCUCAUCAGGAGGCCUGCAUCAUUUUGGGUGGAAGACCUAAUUAUCCUCCACCUGAUAUGCAGAUGAGAAUCACAGCUCCAGGGAACACAACCACUCUUGAUACUCAUCCCUUAUCGAAGCAUUAUGACAAUGGUAUGUUCCAUGGGAUUCCCCAGUACCCCGGUGUUCAGCAUCAUAAUCAUUCCCCUAAUCUUGAUCUUGGUAUUGGAAGUGCAUCCAACUAUUACUUUCCCUAUGUGGUUAUCCCUUCGUCAAGUACUCCUGUAAAUCAUGCACGUACAGACCAGAUGCCAUCUUCAAGCAACUAUGGCCUGCUAGGAGUUUCAGCAGAUGAAUAUGCUAGGGGUUGCCACUUAAUGGAUAAUGUUAGAAGUUCGUAUAAAAGAAAGAAUUCUGAAGGAAUCCCAGGAAAUUUUCAGCAUUUUAAUGUUUCCUCAAGCUCUAGUUCCGCAGGUACACCUUUAAAUGCUAGACAUCCUGAUGGAGUUAGCACAAUGGAUGUGGAACCCUUCACCUUUCCUCGGUAUUGGGGGAAUGAGCCUCCACCGAUUAGAGAAGCUGGAUCCCAAAGAAGUGUUAGGAACAGAUUAGGGGCAACUGCUGUGGAUCCCAUUUUGAUGCAUAGUGCUAACCAUGUUUUCCAAGGAAAUUACAUCGGUCAGACUUUUCAGCCAACAAUAACAGAUGUAGGUGCCCCAGCUUGGACCCAGGUUCCUGGGGUUCCUUAUAGGCAUGGUAGCAAUGUGGCUGCACCUAUGGAGACUAGUCUUAGAAGUUCCGCAAACUUUUCUCAAUCUUCGCCCCUUGAUGUUCGGAACCAUAACUUCCAUCACCCCUCGCCGCCUAUCGAAGGAGUAAGAGGUCACAACAUUAACAUUCAUCCACAAGUAGCAGCAGUUCCUCAUCGCUUCCCUGCUAGUUACGCUUCACCAGGUGCCAUGAAUCCUUCACGUGAUGGUUGGGAGGUAGGGCGUAGGCAUUUGGGACCAAUGCCUCCUACCGGCUUUAGGAUAUAUCAUUCCCACCGAGAGAGUGGUGUUGUAGCUGAGACAUCUGUGAGACACCGCAAUCUUCCUCACUUGAGAGUUAUUCCACCAGAUGGAGUUGCUGUACUGGAGCUCCCAGAAUAUUAUGAAGUAGGAGACUUUGUCGAUCAUCACAGAGAUAUGCGCUUGGAUAUAGAGGACAUGUCUUUCGAGGAACUGUUGGCUCUGGGCGAGCGGAUUGGGAACGUGAAUACUGGUUUGUCCGAGGAAAUCAUUACAAGUAAAUUGAAAACAAGAGCUUAUUCAACAUUUGCUACAAAUAUUAAUCUGGAAGAAGCAGCACCCACCGACCAGGAACCUGAUUCUUGCAUUAUUUGCCAGGAGGAUUACAAGAUUGAAGAGAAAAUCGGAACUCUCAAUUGUGGACACAACUAUCAUGCAGAUUGCUUGAAGAAGUGGUUGUUAGUGAAGAACGUAUGUCCCAUCUGCAAAUCCGAGGCUUUAACCACGUGGUCCAAGAAUGUAUAAUGGACGUGUCACAGUCAAGGAAAAGUAAUAAACUACAUAAAGUGAUUGAUGUUGGUAGAAUCAAAAUCUGGGAAAGCUCUCCUAGAUGUUUCUAGAUUGAAAUUUGGUCAAGUAUUUUGUACAUGAACUUGCAGAUAUCUGAGAGACAGUCAAUCCAUUAUUUGUUGGCUUUGUAAUUAUCAAACAAUUGUACAGACACAUCAUGCAGUUCCGUGCUGCAAUGUUAGCUUAUGA